UCCGAGCGGCCUUCUUUUGUGGUCCUCAUCUCGAGCAAAUGCCGCUGACGCCGGCGGUCUGCCGCAUGUUUCUAAGUGAAUGUACUACUUUCUACCGUGGCCGCUGCCUUUCGCUCUCGUAGUGGGGGCCGCGAUGCCCCUGGACAGGUCGCCGUCGCGCCGUGGCGGCAGCGUGGUGCGACGGCAGCGCAGGUUAGCCGCAGCCUCGGCGUCCGGGGAAAACAAGUGCCGUUCGUGCUGCCGCAAGUUCGCCGCGUUCCUCUUCUCGCACGUGGGUCUGUGCGCACUCGUGGUGGGCUACAGUGUGCUCGGUGCGUUCGCCUUCCGCGCCCUCGAAGGGCCGUAUGAGGUGCGCAAGGCGAGCCAGGUUCGCGCCCUGCGCGAGCAGACCGUCAGUCGGCUGUGGGAGGUGACGGCGGAGCUGAACGUGCUAUACAAGGAUAACUGGACAUUCGCUGUCAACGAACACAUCCGCGACUUCCAGCUCAGGCUGGUGGCCGCCGUUAAAGACGGCUACGACGGCAAGGAGUCCGGCCGCGAGCAGCAGUGGUCUUUCUCCGGGGCUUUCCUCUACUCGCUCACCGUCAUCACCACCAUCGCUGAUGGAGGAAGGAAGUGGACGCGGUUUCGUCAGCAGUUCGAAUUUUUUCUGCAAGCGAUGGCAUGCCAAGCUAAUCCGAGGUCGGAAGCAGCAAAAACGGCCCUGCUCCUCAGCGUUGCGGGGGAGGAAGCCUUGGACGUUUUCAACAAUUUUGUGUUCAGCGGAGAAGAAAACAAGGAGGAUUUCAGCACCGUAAUUGCCAAAUUUGAAGAUUACUGCCUGGAGCAGCAAAAUGAAAUACACGAGCAAUACGUGUUCCGUUUCCGCAGUCAAGGUGAGGCGGAGCCCUUUGAGCAGUUUCUACGCGAGCUUAAAAAACAAGCGCAGCACUGCAACUUUGGGAUCAUGGCGGAUGACAUGGUGCGAGACCAAAUUGUUUUUGGAACAAACUCUCCAAGGCUUCGAGAAAAGAUGCUCAGGGACCUUGGAAAAAGUAAUCCUUUGCAAGGCGGCGGAAACAUCAGCUCGUCCAAAUGA